GGUGGUCGAGCGUCGGCAAGAAGAGGCGCGCACUCGUAGCAGCGAGCCGCACGCUCGCUCGCUUACUCGCGCGAGAUUCCGCAUAACCUCGAAAUUUUUUGGCGAGCGUGUCCGAGUCAAUCGGACGAUCGUCCGUGCGACGACGUGACGUGACGUGACGUGACGUGACGUAACGUGACGCGACGCAACGUCGCGUCACCGACACGUGCCGUGCGCUCCGAAAAAGGUAACGGGGGUAGUGGUUCUCCUUGUGUCCUCGAUAUACACACAGAGCGACCGGGUGGAAGACGAGAAGGUAUAUGGACUGUCGGGAAAGGCUGCUCAUCCGUACGAAAGAUGGGUCAUGGAUCAAGUCGUUCUGCUUCCUCGGCGAAUAUCCUUUCCACAGAAGAAUUGACGUUAGUGGAGAACCUCUUUAAAUCUAUGUCCCGCAGCUCAGGUUCCAUCAAACGCGAGGAUAUAUUCAAGCAUUGGUCUAUACACUUGGACGAUAUACUGCUGCAGUUUGUAGUUAGAUUCCUCUGUCAUGAUCCAGGCAAGCGAGUCUCAACUAUCAAUGGGGAAAACUUUGGUCGACUCUAUGUCUUUGCCGUACGUGGCAAUCCCGAGGAACGCACCAACUUAGUGUUCGAUGGCUUCUCGGAGGAAGAACAAAAAUAUGAAAUGCCCACCGUUACGUUCCUUCAGUAUAUUCAAGCAACGAUUAACUCUUACUUGCGAUUACAAAAGAAUUCCGGUAAUGCGCAUUACCUCACUUGGAGCAGCAUCGGCUGCACUGUCAAUACCAGACGUAUAGGGAUGCGUUCUCGCAGCCUCUGCGAGGAACUGAUAAAGUACGGGGACGUCUUAACCGUCGAUCAAGUGGAAAAUUGGUUUACGACGGCUGCUACGUACAAGAACAUUCAAUCGCACGUUUUCCAGUAUCUCUAUUUAGUCUCCCAGAAGAAGGGUAGCGAUAAAAAUACAGGGGCGCGAAUAAAUGAUUUAAAUCUUCUGCCAUUGUGCAAGGGUUUAGAGAAUAUACCGCACUUUCCGAGUAUACUAGGCUUAGGAGAUGUUCUGUUCCUGAAUUUAAGUCUGCCACACGAGUUACGUAACGAAUGGCGAUUUUUGUUUUCGAGUCAGGUGCACGGCGAGUCGUUCUCCACUAUGUUAGGAAGGAUCGUGAUGCAAGGUGCAACGAUCAUCAUACUACAGGAUAUGGAUGAUCAUGUGUUCGGCGGAUUUGCCUCGGACAGCUGGAAACUAGGGCCGAACUUCAUAGGAAAUCAAACGUCAUUUCUAUUCAAGCUCGAGCCGGAAAUACUGACAUUUUCAUCGACGAAUUAUAACAAUCAUUAUCAGUAUCUCAAUCUCCAUCAGCAAACGAUGCCUAACGGCCUGCUUAUGGGGGGACAGCUUAAUUAUCCCGGCCUCUGGUUGGAUUGUGAAUACGGCACCGGCAAAUCGAGUUCGUCGUGUACGACUUUUCAAAAUUAUGUACAACUUAGCGGUAAGGAAGAUUUCAAAAUCAAACAUUGCGAAGUAUGGGGAGUCGGUCCAGUGCCGGAAGUGGAAGAGAACGUGCGCGAAAUGAAGUCUGUGUUAGAUCGAGAUCCAACAUCGAAAGUUAUACUGGAAUUGUCCGGUCGUAAGUUACACAGUGAGGGAUUUCGCGAGGAGCAAGAAUAAUUGUGAUAAAUAUAGAGAUUUUUAUGAGAGAACUUGAGCAGAAAGAAAGAGAGAACGGCUAAGAGAGGAUAUGAAGAUAUUUGCAGAUAUUUAAAAUUGAUUGAUUUUACACAGAAUAAAAUCUAUUAUAAAAUUUGUUAUCGAUUCUAAUCGUUGUAAUGGAAUAUAUGCGGGUACAAGAAAUGUAUUAAAAAAAAACUCAUAAUUAUAUAGCGAUAUUUAAAAUACGAGUUCUCCCAUUUUACACGAAUGUAUGUAUCUUUCAAGUUGAAACGAAUUCAAGUGAUAACGUGACACGAGAAGCAGAUAGUUAUGUAUUAAUAGAAACGAAUUACAUUACGAAAAUUGUUGCAAAACUUGAGUGAAAGCGUUUCUGUAUGUACAAGUCUGUAUGUACGAGAGAGAGCGGAAGAGAGAAUGAGUUCCGUGUAUAUUUUUUACAGACUUGGAUAAGACAUAUCUGUUCGUAAUUAUUUAAAUAUCUAAAUAUAUCAUUAGGACUUUUGUCCCCCUUUGUAACGGCCUGUUUUUUCAAUCAUUCGAUUACUCUUAUCGUGCAACUUUAUUAUAUCAUGUAUAUAUAUAUAUAUAUGCAUUUAUUCAGUGCUAUGAUAUUAAAGAAUGCCGAUUAUUGCGUGGCCUGAAUGCCUAUUGUCUAGUGCCUGACGAGUCGUUACAAUUGUUAAUUUUUUCGUUCUCUGCGUAUGUUGAUUAUUAUUGAUAUAAACGAAUAAACCAUGUGCCAUAUAAAUCGCUUUUGUUAACUAAGACUGUAUAAUCGUAUACUCGUCGUGUAAAGAAUAAAAAGAAAUAUGCAAACGGCUACGAUCGUUUGCCAAAAACGUAAGGUCAAAGGAAAUCGCACUAAUGUAAGAUUAAAAGUUCAAUAAACAAAUCAAAAAUCUA